AUGGGAACUCUCCUCAAUGUACCUAUUGCUAUUUUGUUUGACAUCGGUGCAUCGCACUCGUUUAUAUCAGCAUCUUGUGUGGAUACUUUGAACUUGCCUAUGGAUGUGAUGGAACAUAGGAUGAGGGUGUCCUCACCCGUAGGAGGCCUUAUAGACAUUGCACGAACGUGCUCGAACAUAAAAUUUUCUAUGGGAAACCUGAACCUAGUAGCUCAUAACUUACAUGUGAUGUUGACGUGGAGCGUCGACAUCAUACUAGGAAUGGACUGGUUAGCCGAGAACUACCCUACCAUUCGUUGUAAGGAGAGACAGAUAGCAUUGCAGUACCCCGGGACAGAACCCGUAAUUUUCCAUGAGAUCUCCAUGAGGAAACGAAAGUCGAUUGUUUCUGCCCUACAAGCAACAGCCAUGAUGAGGAAGGGGUGCCCUGCAUACCUCGUCUACUUGAACGAAGAAGAGAAAAGGUACAGGAAAAUCGAGGACGUAGCGAUAGUACGAGGAUAUCCUGACGUCUUUCCAGGAGAACUACCAGGCUUGCCGCCAGACAGGCAAUUGGAGUUCACCAUCGAUCUAGAACCAGGAUCAGCUCCAAUAUCAAAGGCACCUUACAGAAUGGCACCAAAGGAGUUGGAGGAACUCAAGAUGCAAUUACAAGAACUACUAGACCAGGGUUUCAUCCGACCCAGUGUGUCGCCGUGGGGCACACAGUACUAUUCGUAA